AUGCGCACUUCAAUCUCUCAGCUCUUCUCUGCGGCAGCGACGGAUCAAGAUGCCAAAGGGCGGCAGCACGCACCGACGGCGGCAGGGGCGCCUUCCCAUGCCGGGUUUACAGGACACAGUGGAUCAAUUAGAGAUGUAUCAAAAACAGACUGGAAUUCCCACAACGGGGACGGAACAGCGCAGCUCAACGGGACUCUCGGGCGAGGGACGUCCGAAACGGCAGAGACCGACUCAUCAGGGACCGGGGGGAUGCGGGACGCGUUGGAGGGGCCGGGCUCAGCGCAGAACGACCUUAUUCACCUCAAGAGACGGGUGGGACUCUUCAGUGGGGUUGCUUUAAUUGUCGGUACCAUGAUAGGGUCCGGAAUUUUCGUGUCGCCAUCUGGUUUACUGGUGCGAACCGGUUCCAUUGGUGUAAGCUUUAUCAUAUGGAUGGCCUGUGGGUUGCUCUCGUUGUUAGGUGCAUUGGCGUAUGCUGAGUUAGGCACAAUGAAUACUUCAUCCGGAGCAGAAUGGGCAUACUUUAUGGAUGCGUUCGGAGCGUGGCCAGCCUUCCUGUUCUCGUGGGUCUCGACGCUGGUGCUCAAACCGUCCCAGAUGGCGAUCAUCUGCUUGUCGUUCGCGCAGUACGCCGUCGAAGCGUUCGUGUUCGAGUGCGAUCCGCCGCUGACCGUGGUGAAGAUGGUGGCCAUCCUAGCGAUCGUGAGCAUUUUAUUCGUUAAUUGUUAUAGCGUGAACCUCGGCAUGGCGGUGCAGAACGUCUUCACGUCGGCGAAGCUGGUCGCGGUCCUGAUCGUCAUCUGUGGCGGUGCGUACAAGCUGUGCCAGGGCAACACGCAGCACCUGCAGCAUGCAUUUAGUGGCGCGACCCCGUCGCUCGGUGCGAUCGCAACCGCCUUCUACACUGGCCUGUGGGCGUACGAUGGGUGGAACAACUUGAACUACGUGACGGAGGAGAUCCAGAACCCGAGCAAGAACCUCCCGCGCUCGAUCAUCAUCGGAAUUCCGCUCGUCACGCUCUGCUACGCCCUGAUCAACGUCUCGUACCUGGCCGCCAUGUCGCCGACGGAGAUGAUCGAAUCGGAAGCGGUCGCCGUCACGUUCGGUAACCGGAUCCUGGGCGCGAUGGCGUGGCUGAUGCCGCUCAGCGUCACCAUCAGCACGUUCGGCAGUGCGAACGGGACCCUCUUUGCCGCUGGCCGCCUGUGCUUUGCGGCCAGCCGUGAGGGACAUCUGUUGGACAUCCUGUCGUACGUUCACGUGAGACGCCUUACGCCGGCACCGGGCUUGAUUUUCCACUCGUUGAUCGCUGGCGCAAUGGUGUUGUACGGAACGAUCGAUUCGCUGAUCGAUUUCUUCAGCUUCACCGCGUGGAUCUUCUACGGAGGCGCAAUGGUGGCCCUGAUCGUGAUGCGCUACACCAAGCCCAACUAUCCGCGCCCGUACAAGGUUCCGCUUAUCAUUCCGAUUUUGGUCAUGGUUGUUUCCGGCUACCUGGUCGUGGCACCGAUCAUCGAGAAACCGCAGAUCGAGUAUCUGUACGCGGUGCUGUUCAUACUGGCCGGGCUGAUCUUCUACGUUCCCUUCGUGCACUACGGCUACCACCCAAAGUUCAUGGUUAAUGUGACCCUGUUUUUCCAAAUGCUCUUCGAAGUGGUCCCAACCACCACGAUGGCGAUGUUCGAUUAGUGUGGACCUGUGUGAUCAUUCGUGAUCCGAGGCAGCACAGAGGCAGUGCUCCGUGUUUGAUGAAACAA